AGUUUAUAUCGAACAUCGGCUAGAGGAAAAACUAAAAAUUUUCAAUGCAUUUUAAAAGUUUUUCGCGUAUUUUUUUUCUAAUGUGCCUGUUUAUUAUUUCUGAAAGUAAAUAUACUACGAGGGUUCUUCCAAAACAUCUUAACACAACUCCAGACGCACCUUGUACGAAUAUCGGACCACCCGAUACAGAAACUGGUAGUAAAUGUGAAUGUCCUUCGGGAUUUCGAAAAAAAGGAACACGCUGCAUUGAUAUAAACGAAUGCGAUCAAGAAGAUUGUCCGCCGGCUGGUGAUAUUUUGUUUGCAGACGCUGCUGACGAAGACGAAUACGAAGAUGAAGACUACGACGAAGAAAAUUAUAGCGACGAUUACGAAGAAGAAGAAUAUGUAGAUCCGAGGAUUAAAAAUGUUGGAGAAAACGCUAAAAAAGAUCGAUACGAUGAAGAUUACGAAGAUAUUAAGGCUUCAAAUGAAGAAAUAUCAUCGAAUACGUCUAAAGAUACCAAAAGUGAAGAAACAACAAUAAAAACAGUUGAAAUAGAUAUUGAAGAUGAAGAUAAAACUAAAAAUAUGAAUGACACUCUUAAUUCUGUUGAUAAAAAUGAUGAAAACACUGUUAUUAACAUUGAAAAUGGAGAUACCAAUGUUUUAAUAGAUAAGAAAGACGAAGAGGACGAUAAUGGUGAAGUUAGCGAAGAAAUAACUACUACAAAUGAAGAAUUAUCAUCUAAUGCUUCUAUAGAUACCAAAAGCGAAGAAACAACGAUUAAAACAGUUAAAAUAGAUAUUGAAGAUGAAGAUAAAACUAAAAAAAUAAAUGACACUCUUAUAUCUUUUGAUAAAAACACUAGUAUGUUUAGUGACACUAAACAUAAAGAUAAAAGUGUUUUUAUAGAUAGGAGAGAUGAAGACGACGAUAAUGGUGAAGGGAACGAAGAAACCACUACUUCAAAUGAGGAAUUAUCAUCUAAUACUUCUAUAGAUGUUGAAAGUGAAGAAAUUACUACCAAAACAGAUAGAAUAGACAUUAAAGAUAAUGAAAAAAGUGUUGUAAUAGAUAGGAAAGAUGAAGAUUUUGAAGAUACUACUAUAAUUGACGUUAAAACAACUAAUAAAGAUACUAAUCACAAUAAAAAUGAUGAUAUAGAAAAACUAGACGACGAAGACAAUGAUACAACUGAAGAUUACGAAGAAUACGACGAAACAACUGAAGAAUCUAUCACUGAUUUAACAGACAGACCUAAAUUAGUCGAUUCUGGCAGAAAAAUCAACGAAAUUACUACUGAAACAAAUGAAAUAGAUACUGAAGAUGAAGAUAAAACUAAAAAUAUGAAUGAAACGCUUAAUUCUGUUGAUAAAAAUGAUAAAAACACUGUUAUUAACAUCGAAAAUGAAGAUACCAAUGUUUUAAUAGAUAGGAAAGACGAAGAGGACAAUAAUGAUGAAGAUAACGAAGAAAUAACUACUUCAAAUGAAGAAUUAUCAUCUAAUACUUCUAAAGAUAUUAAAAGGAAAGAAAUUACUACCAAAACAGAUGGAAUAGACAUUAAAGAUAAUGAAGAAAAUGUUGUAAUAGAUAGGAAAGACGAAGAUUAUGAAGAUACUACUAUAAUUGACAUUAAAACAACUAAUAAAGAUACCAAUCACAAUAAAAAUGACGAUAUAGAAAAACUAGAUGAAGAAGACGAUGUUACAACUGAAGAUGACGAGGAAUACGACGAAACAACCGAAGAAUCUAUCACUGAUUUAACAGACAAACCGAAAUUAGUCGAUUCUGACAAAAAAAUUAACGAAAUUGAUGAAGAAAAUAAAAACAAAGUAACAACCGAAGAAGAUAUCGAUGAAUACGAUGAUUAUGACGAAGAAUAUACCGAUAACGAAAUAGAAGAAGAAUGCGAAGAAGGCGAUUGCGAAGAAAUCGACGAAUGCGAUUCGGCGACGAACCCCCUUUGUCAAAAUACGACUUGUUCCCACGGGGAAACGAGAAUAGACGGAAAAAUGCGAUGCACGUGUCCUUUGGGGUUCGUAUUAGGUUCGGAUAACAAAACUUGCGAAGACAUCGACGAAUGUCUUUUGCUCGGAGACUGUUCGCAGACGUGCGUAAACGUGGUGGGAUCUUAUAAAUGCGGCUGUAGGGAGGGUUUCGUUUUGGAACGGGAUAAAUUCUGCGUGGAUGUAAACGAAUGCGAUGAAAACGAAGAUUUACACGAAUGCGAACAUAUUUGCGUCAAUUAUCAAGGUGGGUACGAAUGUUCAUGUUACGAAGGAUUCGAACUUUCAUCAGACGACGUGACUUGCGUCGACAUCGACGAAUGUCAAACUGACAACGGGAAUUGUAGCCAAAAGUGUAUAAACACUCGGGGUUCGUACUUCUGCGCAUGCGAGGAAAAUUACACAUUAAAAAACGAUAACCGGACUUGUAUAAUGACGGAUCCUUGUUGGGGAGAUAACGGCGGUUGUUCACACAGAUGCGUCAACGAAAACGGUACCGCCAAAUGCGAAUGCCCCGAAGGGCACAUCCUAGAAGACAAGGAUUGCUAUAUACUUGAUCCUUGUUCGACAGAUAAUGGCGGUUGCAGCCAUAUUUGCAUUAACGCGAAUUCGGCGGUUAGAUGCGCAUGUCCCUCAAACUUCGAACUCGUCAAUUCCACAACUUGUACGGAAAUCGAUCCCUGCACCGAAAACAACGGGGGUUGUUCGCAUAUUUGCGCAUUUAAAGAAGGCGUUCCAAUAUGUUCGUGUCCUCAAACUCACGAAUUACACAAUUUAACGCAUUGCUCGGUUAAAAACCCUUGUUUGGAGGACAACGGGGGUUGUUCGCAUAAUUGCGCAUUUAAAGAAGGCGUUCGAACAUGUUCGUGUCCUCAAACUCACGAAUUACACAAUUUAACGCAUUGCUCGGUUAAAAACCCUUGUUUGGAGGACAACGGGGGUUGUUCGCAUAAUUGCGCAUUUAAAGAAGGCGUUCGAACAUGUUCGUGUCCUCAAACUCACGAAUUACACAAUUUAACGCAUUGCUCGGUUAAAAACCCUUGUUUGGAGGACAACGGGGGUUGUUCGCAUAAUUGCGCAUUUAAAGAAGGCGUUCGAACAUGUUCGUGUCCUCAAACUCACGAAUUACACAAUUUAACGCAUUGCUCGGUUAAAAACCCUUGUUUGGAGGACAACGGGGGUUGUAGUCACUUUUGUUCAAGCGAUGAAGAAGGGGAAGUGGAAUGUUCGUGUCCUGAGGGAUUCGCCUUGGAAGGUUCGUUAAAUUGUGUACCAACAGAUCCUUGUUCACUUAAUAACGGAAAUUGUUCCCACAUAUGUAAUUCGACCUCAUUAGCGAGAAUCUGUUCUUGCCCCGAAGGUUACCGAUUAAAAAACGAAACGUACUGCGUCGAAUCGAAUCCGUGUUUCGUAAACAACGGGGGUUGUUCGCACGGCUGCGUCAAUCUACAAGGCGUACCGAAAUGUACCUGCCCGCCGGGAUACAAAUUAUUCGAUAAAACCUGCAAGGACGAGGAUCCGUGUACGAAAAACAACGGGGGUUGUUCGCAUAUUUGUCGUAGCGAAGGGGGUAAACGAAAAUGUCUUUGUCCCGCUGGGUAUAUUCUGCGACCCAACGGUAGGGUUUGUAAGGAAAUUAACGAAUGUAGGGUGAAUAAGGGCGGUUGUUCGCACGGUUGCAAGAAUCUACCGGGGUCGUACGAAUGUACGUGUCCUGUCGGAUUGAAAUUAGACCGAACAAGGAAUAAAACUUGCGUGGACGUCGACGAAUGUUCGAUUGAUAAUGGGGGCUGCGAAAUGAUUUGUAGAAAUUUUAUGGGGGGGUUUAAAUGCGGUUGUCCCGAAGGAUAUAAGCUACAGAGGGAUGGUAAGUCUUGCCGACCAUCUAGGGUGGUUUAUUGCAAACCACCACCGGCUCCGGUGAACGGCGUCGUCAGGUGUUGGGAGGAAAAACUUGAUAAAGUACCAGCGGGUACUAGAUGUAACGUCUGGUGUAACGAAGGAUAUAAAUUAAAAGGAAAUAAACAGAAAAUUUGUACAGAAACGGGAAAAUGGGAAAACGACGAUCAAAUUUGUUUGGUGGCGACUUGUCCCAAAUUACCAGUUAUCCGAAACGGUUGGUAUAUACCGGGUGUUUGUAAUUCCGGUAGGACUUAUAUCGGAGAAUCGUGCGCCAUCUAUUGUCGCGAAGGUUUUACUUUGAAAGAAGGAAUCGGUAAUUAUACGUGCGAUUCUAAUAUGAAUUGGACGCCCGCUGUCGCGUCGGACGUUUUGUACGGCUCCUGUAUCAAAACGCCGGAUAAUACGUACGUUACCUGUCCUAAUAAAGGACGAAUGGAUUUUGUCCUGCCCCAAGGUGAAAAGCAGAUGUUAGUGAAAAUACCGAAGCCGGAAACGAACGCCGAUUGGAAUUUGGUCAUUUCGCGACCGGUUUGGGGUACCAGAUUGGAAACCGUCCUCCCCGCCGGAAGGUCUGAAUUAAAUUUCAUAGCCGCUUCGUCGUCCGAUUUUAACCGGACCGCAUCGUGUAAAUUGGUCAUAAACGUUUUGGAUAAAGAGCCGCCUUCAGUGGCGGAAUGCCCGGACAACGUCGAGAGACGCCUUCAUAGCGGGGAAACAACCGCCAUCGUCUACUGGAAAGAACCGAUUUUCCAAGACAACGUCGGAAUUUCCAAGAUUUACAAAACGAGAGAGCCAGGAAGCGAGUUCGGACCUGGAUUACAUCACAUAACUUACGUAGCCAACGACGAGGCUGGAAAUAGAGCGUUCUGUCAUUUCAGUAUUGACGUCAGAGAUAAUUUGUACAACGAACCAUCGAACUCAUUAGAGCAAUUGAGCUCGGCGACGUACGCAAGUCAUAGAACAGCCGGGAAGUACAAGGCCGUUUUAAUCUGUCCCAAUGGCGUAAAAUUUAUUACUGACGAUCUUUAUAAGUACAAUAAUAUGUUGUCAGGUAAGUUGGGUUGCUAUUGGAAACACGUAAAGGUUGCCAAGUCGCCGAUGGAGCCUCAGCUUUUUACGGUACCGAAGGUUUAUUCGGAGAGUCGAUUACCUUUUAAUAUGAGACGUGAUCGAAGAGUUUUUUUCAAAUGGAAUCGAUGAAAUUUCGGUAGACCCUGUAUUAUAUAAAACUCGAAUAUUUACGCCAUAACGUGUUCUUUUCAAAAUGGACAUUUUAUCAAUGCUCCUAGAAAUUUUUAAUCAUGGG